GGAAGUGAAAGUAAAGGUGUUUACAUCAUGGCGGACGAUAGUUCCUUCGAAUUUGAUAACUUAGAUGAAGUAUUCAAUGCAGCUGCCGAGUAUCUUCGUCUGAAUGGAUCAACUUAUGAUAAUGAAAAGUUGUUGUAUUUCUAUUCCAGAUACAAACAAGCUAAAGAAGGAAAAUGUAACACUCCUAAACCAAGUUUCUUUGAUUUCCAGGGAAAAGUAAAAUGGGAAGCAUGGCACAAGCUUGGAGAUAUGAACAAAUCUCAGGCCAAAAUGGAAUACAUAUCACUUCUGACCAAUCUAGACCAGGACUGGAGAAAUAAAAUGUCUUUGGUUGCUUCAAGUGGAGAUGGUGGAGAGUCUUCAGGGUCCCAGGCUAGACCUCAGGGAAUGGGUGUGUCUGUGAGUGUCAUGUCAAGGACAGAGAGUGAGCUGAGUGAGGGAGAGAAAACAAUUUUCGACUGGUGCAAGGAGGGAAAUGUAGACAAGGUGAAAGAAAUUCUACUGGCUGGCUCUGUGAAUGUGAAUGGCUUGGAUGAAGAGGGUCUUGGGUUACUGCACUGGGCAAGUGACAGAGGAUUAACAAACAUGGUGGAACUAUUACUUAGUUUACAUGCAGAUAUAAACAUUCAGGCUAGCGACCAACAAACAGCUUUACAUUAUGCUGUGUCCUGUGAUCACCUUGACCUUACCAAGCUCCUUGUUCUUAAGGGUAUUGACAUUUCCAUAAGGGAUGCUGAAGGGAACACAGCUAUGGAUGUAGCCAGUGAUGAUAUGAAACUUCUUCUUCAGUCCCUACAAAGACAAGCCUCUUAGCAAUGAAAUCCUGUCACCUAGCCAUUACUGAUCAACUGUAUUAUUUGUUUACAAAUCUUGUUCAAUAUUAUUUGACCUCAAAUGUAUGUGAUCUUGAAUGAAUAAUAUUUUUUUCCUCGGGUGAAACCUUUUUUUUAGUAUUUGUGUUUUAUUUAAUAUAUGAAUGUUAAAACAGUUAAUUUCUUGUUUUUUUGUUUGUUUGUUUUUUUGCAUCUAAACAAA